GGCGGCCGCGCCGACGCCUGCCGCGACGCGCUCGACUACUACGACGGCGACGACAAGCACGAGUACACUGCGCCGUGGCACGGCGACGGCCAGAAGUGCAACGACGGUGCCAAGAAGCGCAACUACGACGACGCCUGGCACUACGACGACCAGAAGCGCAACUACGGCCAGAAGUGCAACUACGACGACCAGAAGCGCAACUACGACGACCAGAAGUGCACAUGCGACGACCAGAAGUGCAACUACGACGCCACGAAGCGCAACUACGGCACCUGGCACUACGACGACCAGCCGCACCGCGCGUGGCACGGCGGCGACCAGCAGGCGCGGAGCCACGAUGACAUCGUCGACGACCGCGAGAUGAAGGACACCCCGUGA